AUGGUUCAGAGGUGCUGUAAACUCGCCCUGCCUCCCCAGUACACUCUCCCCAAGGAGGCAGAGAACACAGCCGUGCCACUGCAGUGGUGGCUUCAAUCUGCCUGCGCCAUCCAGGAUCUACCAUCUGUGUCUCAGGAAAAGGGCAGGAGAAGAGUAACAAUCUUCUCAACAGUGGACAGUGGACAGCACGUACCUUCAGCAGGCCUUGGAGACCGCGGCUCAGGCCCAGAACGCUGCGAUGACUGGGGACUGGAUACCAUGAGACAAAUCCAAGUAUUUGAAGAUGAACCAGCUCGCAUCAAGUGCCCACUCUUUGAGCACUUCUUGAAAUAUAACUACAGCACAGCCCAUUCAGCUGGCCUCACUCUUAUCUGGUAUUGGACUGGGCAGGACCGGGACCUUGAGGAACCUAUUAACUUCCGCCUUCCUGAGAACCGCAUAAUUAAGGAGAAAGAUGUGCUCUGGUUCAGGCCAACCCUCCUCAAUGACACGGGCAAUUACACCUGCAUGUUAAGGAACACUACUUAUUGCAGCAAAGUUGCAUUUCCUCUGGAAGUAGUUCAAAAGGACAAGUGCUUCAAAUCUGCUAUGAAACUCCCAAUACAUAGAUUGUAUCUAGAACAUAGUCUACAGAAGAUCACUUGUCCAAAUGUGGAUGGAUUUUUUCCUUCCAACAUCAAACCAACUGUCACUUGGUACAAGGGCUGUUAUGUGAUACAAGACUUUCAUUCUGUAAAACCUGAUGGCAUGAUCUUGAGUUUUACCUUUACCACUGUUUCAGCUAAUGAUAACUAUACAUGUGUUGUUACGUAUCCAGAGAAUGGGAGAACCUUCCAUCUUACCAGGACUCUGACUGUGAAGGUGGUAGGCUCACCAAUAGAUGCAAAGAUCCCCCAGAUCCACUCACCCAAUGAUGUCGUUAUCUAUGAGAAAGAGCCAGGAGAGGAGCUCCUCAUUCCCUGUACAGUCUUUUUUACUUUCCUGAAGGAUUCUCGCAAUGAGAUUUGGUGGACCAUUGAUGGAAAAAAGCCUGAAGACACCAAUAUAGACGUUACCGUCAAUGAAAGUAUGAGUAGUACUAAAACAGAGGAUGAAACCAGAAUUCAGAUAUUAAGAAUCAAGAAAGUUACCCCCGAAGACCUCAAGCGAAGCUACGUCUGUCAUGCUAGAAAUGCCAAAGGGGAGGCCAACAAGACAGCUACGGUGAAGCAGAAAGUUGUAACACCAAGGUACACUGUUGAACUGGCCUGUGGUUUUGGAGUCACAGUCCUGCUGGUGGUGAUUCUUAUUGUUGUCUACCAUGUUUACUGGCUGGAGAUGGUCCUGUUUUACAGGGCUCAUUUUGGAACAGAUGAAACUAUUUUAGAUGGGAAAGAGUAUGAUGUUUAUGUAUCUUAUGCAAGGAAUGCUGAAGAAGAAGAAUUUGUAUUACUGACUCUCCGUGGAGUUUUGGAGAAUGAAUUUGGAUACAAGUUGUGCAUCUUUGACCGAGACAGUCUUCCUGGGGGAAACACGGUGGAAGCAGUGUUUGACUUCAUUCAGAGGAGCCGAAGGAUGAUUGUUGUCUUGAGCCCAGACUACGUAACAGAAAAGAGCAUCAGCAUGCUGGAGUUCAAACUGGGGGUUAUGUGCCAGAAUUCCAUUGCCACCAAGCUCAUUGUGGUGGAGUACCGUCCCCUUGAGCAUCCACACCCAGGCAUCCUGCAACUGAAGGAGUCUGUGUCUUUUGUGAGCUGGAAGGGAGAGAAGUCCAAACACUCUGGCUCCAAAUUCUGGAAGGCCUUGCGGUUGGCUCUUCCCUUGAGAAGUCUGAGUGCCAGCUCUGGCUGGAAUGAAAGCUGCUCUUCACAGUCUGACAUCAGUCUGGACCAGGUUCAAAAAAGGAGAAGUCGUUUGAAAGAGCCUCCGGGACUGCAGAGUUCAGGGAGGGCUGAAGCGUCUUCUCCAGCCCCAGUAACGAUGGCCAAGCACAAGGGGAAGCCCUCUGCAGCCUGUCGCUGCUGUGUCACCUACUGUGAAGGAGAGAGUCAUCUGAGGAGCAAGAGCCGGGCAGAGAUUCAUACCCAGCCCCAGUGGGAAACACACCUCUGUAAGCCUGUUCCCCAAGAGUCAGAAACUCAAUGGAUACAAAAUGGCUCUAGACUGGAACCUCCUGCUCCCCAGAUCUCAGCCCUUGCUCUUCACCAUUUCACGGAUUUAUCAAAUAACAAUGACUUUUAUAUCCUAUAAUUACGGUGUGGUGGGAGGUGGCUGCUAUUUUUACCAACCCCCUUUGUGUCAUGAACCUAUGGGAGUAAUUGACAUUUUUAUCAUCUAAUGGACUGUCAGAAUUGUGUCCUCUUUAUUGAUUUUUAAAAACUAUUUAUUUCUAGGAGACAAAAGACCUGAAGAACCUGAAUCCAGAAUUAUUGCCUCUAAUGGCCUCAGAAGAGCACACUCUUCUUGGGCCCUAGAAGGUCAGUAUGUAGAAGAUGCCUCAGGUUGUAUCUUCUAUCCUGUUCUGGUUUAAAACGUAGCCAAUGAUUUAAAUGUGUAUAGUUUCAGCCUGUUGGUCAACCUCAUGUUGCGUUGUUCAGGUGUGCUUGAG